AGUGACGUCACGCGACGAGCUACGAGAGUGACGUCACCGAAUGAGCUCUGGAGAGUGACGUCACGCGAUGAGCGCUGCGGUCUCCAUGGUGACAGGGCCCGGGGAUGCUGCGCGUCCUCUCCUCCCCCCACGCUUCGUGAUGGAGGUGGGCCGCCUCCCGCUGGAGCUGUGGCGUCUCAUCCUCUCCUACCUCCAGUUGCCCGAGUUGGGCCGCUGCAGCUCCGUGAGCCGCACCUGGCGGGAGCUCGUCGUCAGCUUGGACAAGACGCGCUGGCGGCAGCUGUACCUGGGCUCGCCUCACGCCUGCCGUCGCCCACCGAACUGGCCGCUGCGGCCGGAAUUGGAGCCGCCGUCGUGGCGCGAGGCCCUGCGGAGGGCCCUCCUCGCCAACCGCGUGUGGCGCCGCCACGACAGCCGCUGGAGUACCGUCGAUGUCACCGGCUGUCUGUACGGGCCCUUCUUCCGCAAGCGGCCCGAAUGUCGCAGCGCGUGGGUGGGUCCCGGCGGCGACUACGAGAGCCUGCGGGUGGCGUUGGCCUCACUGCCGCCCUACAGCCGCGUGUUUCUGCUGCCGGGCGUCUACGAGGAGCAGAGCGAGGUGGUCCUGCGGGCGCCCGUCGAGAUCGUGGGCCAGGGCAGCCUGGGCCAGGUGGCGCUGCUCGUCAGCUUUGAACAGCAGUGCCCCACCGUACGCCUCUGCAACCUCGUGCUCAUGCAGGCCUGGUUCACGCCCAUCAUCUACAAGACGAGCGUGGGCCACAUGCAAAUGGACACGUGCAACCUGGAGAACGGGCAGGUGCAGGUGAGUGCUCCGGCCACGUGUCACCUGCGCUUCUGUAGCUUCAGCCAGGCCGGCCUUCACCUGCACGCCGUUGCACUGGCCGCUGUGGAAAACUGCGAGUUCUCUGGGAGCGAGGGCGCUUCUUUGACAGUGGAAGGGUUCCCUUCGACCGACCAUAACUGGGCCUACGAGCACCUGGCUGCGUCGCUGCGUGCCGACCUGCUGGCGCAGUCCUGUGGCCUGCUGGGAGCGGACACCGCGCUGGACUGGCUGAAUCUCGGCUUCGACAAGAAGUCAGAAAGCGCGCAGAGCGACAAAACAGCAGGGCAGGCAGGAGACGGCACGGGAGCCACGCAUCACAGCCAGGGAAGCAAGGCGGUGGGGCGGGUGGGAGGACGCUGCUGGAAUGUCAGCCACAAGGGCCAGAACUGUGUGUCAGGGACUGCACAUGCGGGCCUUUCAGACUCCAUCUCAUCAAAGGCCCACCGCCUCUGCAAUGGCAUGAACCGUGAUGGCAACCACCACGGUGACGCGCUGACCCCAGCGGUUAGCGAGGGGGCAUUUCUCAAGGACAGCAGUGGCAGAGACACGGAGCAGGAGGAAGACUACAAGGAGUUUGCGCACCUACUCACGAGAUUGCCGGUGGGGAGCCUAAUGACGGGGGCAGGGGCCUCGCUGAGCAUGGAGGAGGUAGGCCCUCGGAGCCUGGAGGAGGAGCUGCGCACGGAGAAGGAAGCCCGCCUGUUGGUGCGUCUAAUCUUGGGCUGCGUGGUGCAGCGCUGCCUCUUCCGGGAUGGGCGAGGAGGCGUGCUGUCCUCCACACAUGCCCAUGUGCGUCUCCAACACAACACCUUUCGCCACCUCCACCAAGCUAUCCGCUGCCUGCAGGAUGCCAAGGUGCUCGUGUUUCGUAACGAGAUCCACCACUGCCGAGCGUCGGGCGUUUUCCUGCGCCUCUCCGCUGGCGGUGUCAUUGCGGAGAACGACAUCCACUCCAACGGCGAGGCAGCCAUCGACAUCCGCAAGGCGGCCAACCCCCUCGUACUGUGUAAUCGCAUCCACGGGGGACAACGCACAGGAAUCUUGGUUAUGGGUGGUGGCCGGGGCAUCAUCCGCAGCAACCUCAUUUUCAACAAUCGCGAGGCAGGGAUCUGCAUCCUAUACCGUGGAAACCCGCUCGUCAGUGGCAAUUACAUUUAUCAAGGACUGGCAGCUGGGAUUGCAGUGAAUGAGAAUGGACUGGGUCUCAUUACAGGUAACCUGAUACACGAGAACCAGCAUGGCGGCGUGGACAUUCGCAGAGGAGGGGACCCGGUCCUCAGAAACAACCUCAUCUGCCACAGCGCUUGCGAUGGCGUGGUGAUUGGGGAGCGAGGCCGGGGACUCAUUGAAGGCAACAGCAUCUGUGAAAACAAGGGCUGUGGAGUGUGGAUCAUGGCGUCGGCACCCCACGUCCUGGGCAACGUGAUCGCGCACAACGGCCUGCACGGGGCCGCCGUCUUCUGCCGCAAGGAAGGUCCCGUGGAGGCGCAUGGCGGCCAGGCGAUGUACCGCGCCGAAGGGGAGGGCCCGCAUGGCGACGACGCGGAGCUGCUGAGCUGGGAAGGGGACGGCGACCCGCUGGAGGAGGCGGAGCGGCGCGGUGGCCACGCGGCCAUCACCACCACCAUCCUGGAGUACAACAACAUGCUCUACAAUGCAGGGGCAGGGGUGUUCGUGAAGAGCAGCGAGUCGCUGACGGUCGCCUGGAACGCGCUGCACUGCAAUGAGGAGUGCGGCGUGGCCGUGCACAAGAGCACGGCGCUGGCACGCAUCGCCAGCAACAACGUGAGCUGGAACGGCCGCGGGGGCGUCAGCGUGCGGCCCAGCUGCAAGGUGGAGCUGCAGGGCAACGGCGUCUACCACAACACCGGGCACGGCAUCGAGUCUUGCGGCGAGGGAAGCCUCAUCGAGAACGACGUCGUUACCAGUCGUGGAUGUGGCCUGCGCCUGGCCCAGGAUGCACGCAUGCUGGGCCACGAAGAAGCCAACAGAGAUGAGCAAUGAAGCACGCACGAGGAGUCCCCUUCGACUCGCGUGCUACGCCGCGUCGAGCAGCGGGUGCACUGGGCCAGGGGUCGGCAAACCUGCGGCUCCAGAGCCGCGUGCGGCUCUUUGGCUGCUCUCUUGUGGGGCAGCCGGCGGUAAAAAAAAAGGAAAAUCUUAAACGUGCUAAAGAACCGCGUGCUGUCCCUUCACCGCUAUGCGAUGGCGGUGUUCGAACGCACGCGCGGG